GGCGUGCGGCGGCAGACGGAGCCCGGGCUCCCAGCGGCAAGGUGAGGCAGAGCUGCGCUCCUCGCUGAACGCGGGCAGAGCUCGGCGGCUGCGGGGAAGACGCGCCGGAGCCCCGACCGCGACCGAGAGCGGGAGCGAAGCGGGCGGCGGCGGAGGGGGAGCCCGCGAGCCGCCGGGCGGAGAGCCCAAGCCGCGCUGUCGCCGCGCAGGGACGACUUGGCCAACACACACACACACACACACCCAGCCCGAGCGGGCGCUCGCGGCGAACCGACAACAUGGCGCUGGGGCUCCUGCCCGAGCGCGGGCGGCAGCGGCGGCGCGGGAGCUGCUGAGCCCGGCCGAGCCUAGUCCAGCUGCGGGAGCCCAAAGGAUCGCGCGGGGCUGUCGCCACCUGCCCGGAGGCGCUGAGCCCGCCCCGCCCCGCCCCGCCCCCACCCGGCCCAGAGCCCACCCCUCGGCGGGGCCGACCCCGAGGGCAGCCGGCUGGCAGCAGACGGCGAGGGAGGCGAGCGAGCACGGUGCCGAGAGCGGGCUGCGGGCAGCCGGGGACGGCAAACUUUGCUGCUCGCCGCGCUUCCCCAGCCCGGCUCCUUCUCCGCUCGCUAACGUCGCCCCCCCCCCCGCCCCCCCCCCCCUUCCCGCACACCUCUCCUCUACCCACCCAACCUCACCCCGCUCCUGCCCGCCUCGACUCCGCUUGGGGGAAAACUUCAAAGCGCCGGAUCGCAGGCUCCCAGCCUACUCCUCGACCGGGGAUUUCAGAAAAAAAAAUUACUAGCAUGAGAAGAAAACCAGACCUGUAUGGAUCCAGGCCGGUAGUAAGAAUAGACGCUUAACGCAAAGCUGCCAUCCAAGAAGGAGACAUGCUCUCAGCAACCCCCCUGUAUGGAAACGUUCACAGCUGGAUGAGCAGCGAGCGGGUCCGCAUGUGUGGGACCAGCGAAGACAGGAAAAUUCCUGUAAAUGAUGGUGACGCUUCAAAAGCCAGAUUGGAACUGAGGGAAGAGAAUCCCUUGAACCACAACGUGGUGGACACAAGCACGGCCCAUCGCAUCGAUGGCCUGGCCGCGCUGAGCAUGGACCGCACGGGUCUGAUCCGCGAAGGGCUCCGGGUCCCCAGUAACAUCGUCUACUCCAGCUUGUGCGGACUGGGCUCCGAGAAAGGCCGGGACGCUGCCCCCAGCUCCCUCGGUGGCCUGGGCUUCUCUUCCGAAAGAAACCCAGAGAUACAGUUCAAACCGAACACUCCCGAGACGGUGGAGGUGGCCGCCGUCUCCGGGAAACCCCCCAAUGGCUUCAGUGCUAUCUACAAAACCCCACCUGGAAUACAAAAAAGUGCCGUGGCCCCCGCGGAGACACUGGGCCUGGACAGGCCCGCCAGCGACAAGCAGAGCUCGCUUAACAUAAAUGGUGCUAGUUACCUGCGGCUGCCCUGGGUCAAUCCUUACAUGGACGGAGCCACGCCAGCCAUCUACCCUUUCCUCGACUCGCCAAAUAAGUAUUCAUUGAACAUGUACAAGGCCUUGCUACCUCAGCAGUCCUACAGCCUGGCACAGCCACUGUAUUCUCCAGUCUGCACCAACGGGGAGCGCUUCCUCUACCUGCCGCCGCCUCACUACGUCAGCCCCCACAUCCCGUCCUCCCUGGCCUCCCCCAUGAGGCUCUCGACCCCUUCGGCCUCGCCUGCCAUGCCACCGCUGGUCCACUGCGCAGACAAAAGCCUCUCGUGGAAGAUGGGCGUGAGCCCGGGGAACCCCGUCGACUCCCACGCCUACCCCCACAUCCAGAACAGCAAGCAGCCGAGGGUGCCCUCCGCCAAGGCGGUCAGCAGUGGCCUGCCGGGGGACGCGGCCCUCCUGCUGCCGCCCUCACCGCGGCCCUCGCCCCGCCUCCACCUGCCCACGCAGCCGGCUGCGGAUACCUACUCCGACUUUCACAAGCAUUACGGCAGGAUCUCCACCUCGCCAUCGGUCACCCUGUCGAAGCCAUACAUGACAGUCAGCAGCGAGUUCCCCGCGGCCAGGCUGUCGGGCGGCAAGUAUCCCAAGGCCCCCGAAGGCAGCGAAGGUGCCCCGUCGGUGCCCGGGCACCCCCGGAAGACGACAACGGUUCAGGACAGGAAAGAUGGCGGCUCACCUCCCCUAUUGGAGAAGCAGACCGUUACCAAAGACGUCACCGACAAGCCACUGGACUUGUCCUCGAAAGUGGUGGAUGUAGAUGCUUCCAAAGCCGACCACAUGAAGAAGAUGGCCCCCACGGUCCUGGUUCAUAGCAGGGCUGGAAGUGGCUUAGUGCUCUCCGGAAGUGACAUUCCAAAAGAAACAUUGUCUCCCCCGGGAAGCGGCUGUGCUAUCUAUAGAUCUGAAAUCAUUAGCACGGCUCCCUCGUCCUGGGUGGUGCCCGGGCCAAGUCCCAGCGAGGAGUGCAGCGGCAAAAGCGUGACACUGAAAAACAAGACGCUGGACUGGGCCAUCCCACAGCAACGGAGCUCGUCCUGUCCCCGCAUGGGCGGCACCGAGGCCGUCGUCGCCAGCGUCUCGGGCUCCCUGCCCAGCGCGGGCCGCCCAGCCUCCGCGUCGCCAGCCCCCAAUGCCAACACCGACAGCACCAAGACCAGCAGGAGCUCCGUGGACACCACACCAUCUGUCAUUCAGCACGUGGGCCAGCCCCCGACCACCCCUGCCAAGCACAGUGGCAGCGCCAGCAGCAAGGGCACCAAAGCGAGCAACCCGGAACCAAGCUUCAAAGCGAGUGAGAAUGGCCUCCCACCAAGCUCCAUCUUCUUGUCUCCAAACGAGGCCUUCCGGUCACCACCGAUCCCCUACCCCAGGAGUUACCUCCCUUACCCGGCGCCUGAGGGGAUCGCCAUCAGUCCCCUGUCCUUACAUGGCAAAGGACCCGUCUACCCUCACCCAGUUCUGUUACCGAACGGCAGUCUCUUUCCUGGGCACCUGGCCCCCAAGCCUGGACUGCCCUAUGGGCUGCCCACGGGCCGGCCAGAGUUUGUGACCUACCAGGAUGCCCUGGGGCUGGGCAUGGUACAUCCCAUGCUGAUCCCGCACACGCCCAUAGAGAUCGCGAAAGAGGAGAAAGCCGAAAGGAGGUCCCGGUCCCACGAGAGAGCCCGAUACGAGGACCCAGCGCUCCGCAGCCGGUUUUCUGAGAUGCUGGAAGCUAGCGGCACCAAGCUCCACCCAGAAGCUCCCAGCGACAAGAACCUGAAGGCCAACCCCAGCUGGAGUCAAGGCAAGACCGUUGGCAAAAGUGACAAGCUGGUCUAUGUCGACCUGCUCCGAGAAGAAGCAGACACCAAGGCCGAGCCGAACGCGGCCAAGGCCAGCUUCGCUGCCGAGAGUGUGGGCCAGAGUGCGGAGCCCGCCAAGCCGCCGCCGGACCCGGCUCUGCAGCCACAUCGGGACUUCAUUGCCCUGCGAGAGGACUUGGGGCGGAUCGGAGACUUCCAUGACACUUACACUUUCAAGCAGGCGCCGGGCCAGCCGGUGUUCAGCAUAAACAAAGACGCUGUGGCGGUGGGCACCAACAAGGAGAACCUCGGGGUACCAGCAUCCACUCCCUUCCUGGAGCCCACCCUGGGGAGCGACGGCCCUGCGGUGGCUUUCGGGAAAGCCCAAGAGGACCCCAAACCAUUUUGCGUGGGCAGUGCCCCUCCGAGCGUGGACGUUGCCCCCUCCUAUACCAAAGAUGGAGCUGAUGAGACAGAGCCUAGCGAUGGCAAAGUUCUGAAACCGAAGCCAUCGAAGCUGGCGAAGCGAAUCGCCAACUCGGCGGGUUAUGUGGGUGAUCGCUUCAAGUGUGUCACCACCGAACUGUACGCGGACUCCAGUCAGCUCAGCCGGGAACAGCGGGCACUGCAGAUGGAAGGAUUACAAGAGGACAGUAUUUUAUGUCUACCCGCUGCUUUCUGUGAGCGUGCAAUGAUGCGCUUCUCAGAAUUGGAGAUGAAAGAGAGAGAAUGUGGCCACCCAGCAACCAAAGACACCGAGGUGUCCAAAUUCAGUCCAGCCGACUGGGACAGGUUGAAAGGAAGUCAGGACAGAAAGCCCAAGUCUGUCGCCCUGGAGGAGGCCAUUGCGGACCAGAAUGACAACGAGAGAUGCGAGUUUAGCGCAGGAAACAAACACGAUCCCUUUGAAGCCCCAGAGGACAAAGAUCUUCCUGUGGAGAAGUACUUCGCCGAGAGGCCACCUGCCAGCGAGCCGCCCGCACACCAGGCGGCCACGGACAUGCCGCACAGCCCCACUGUCCGGCUGGACCGGAAGCGCAGAGUCUCGGGUGACAGCAGCCACACCGAGACCACUGCGGAAGAACUGCCGGAGGACCCUGUGCUGAAAGCCAAGCGGAGGCGGCUUUCCAAAGAUGACUGGCCCGAGAGGGGAAUGACAAACAGUUCCUCUAACCACUUAGAAGACCCACAUUAUAGUGAGCUGACCAACCUGAAGGUGUGUAUUGAAUUAACAGGGCUCCAUCCUAAAAAGCAACGCCACUUGCUGCACCUUAGAGAACGGUGGGAGCAGCAGGUGUCGGCCGCAGAGAAUAAGGGUGCCCGGCAAAGCAGGAAGGAAGUGACCCAGGCACUUCCAUCUGAAGUCACCAUCCAGGGGAAUGACAUCAGCGAAGAGAAAGCCAGCAGGAAAAGGACAGAGGCCAAGGGCAACCGAAGCUGGUCCGAGGAGUCCCUUAAGUCCAGUGACAAUGAGCAAGGCCUGCCCGCCUUCUCCAGCUCUCUGCCCAGGACGAGUCUCUCAUCCACCAAUGCAAGCGGGAAAAAGCAGACUCAGCCAAGCUGCACGCCAGCCUCGAGGCUGCCUGCCAGACAGCCGAGACUUAAAGAGAGCCCGAAGCCAGAUGUGCUGUGCACAGACGAAGACGAGGGCUGCCCCGCAGCCUCUCUGCUGCAGAAAUACCCGGACCACAGCGAGAAGCCAUCCGGCAAGAGGCUAUGCAAAACCAAGCACCUCAUAUCUCAGGAGCCCAGGCGGGGCUUGGCGCUGCCCGGGGACUACUACGUGGACAACGCCGACGGCAAGAUGACCGUGCGGCGCGUCCGAAAGCGGCCCGAGCCCAGUCCGGACUACGAUGCGUCACCACCAGCCAAGCAGGACCCCAAGCCCUUUGACCGCUUGCAGCAGCUGCUGCCGGCCUCCCAGGCUCCGCAGCUGCUGCGCUCAAGUUCCCCUCAGGAGACCACCCAGUCCCGCCCGAUGCCACCGGAAGCACGGAGACUUAUUGUCAACAAGAACGCUGGCGAGACCCUCCUGCAGCGGGCUGCCCGGCUGGGCUACGAGGAAGUUGUCUUGUACUGCUUGGAAAACAAGAUUUGUGAUGUCAAUCAUCGGGACAAUGCAGGUUACUGUGCCCUGCACGAGGCCUGUGCCAGGGGCUGGCUCAACAUCGUGCGGCACCUCCUCGAAUAUGGCGCUGAUGUCAACUGCAGUGCCCAGGAUGGAACCAGGCCUCUGCACGAUGCCGUAGAGAACGAUCACCUGGAAAUCGUCCGUCUGCUGCUUUCUUAUGGUGCUGACCCUACCCUGGCUACGUACUCAGGUAGAACCAUCAUGAAAAUGACCCACAGUGAACUAAUGGAAAAGUUUUUAACAGAUUACUUAAAUGACCUACAAGGUCGCAGUGAUGAUGACUCCAAUGGCUCCUGGGAGUUCUAUGGCAGCUCAGUGUGUGAGCCAGAUGACGAAAGUGGCUAUGAUGUCUUAGCGAACCCCCCGGGACCUGAAGACCAGGACGACGACGAUGACUCCUACAGUGAUGUGUUUGAAUUCGAGUUCUCAGACAGCCCCCUCUUACCGUGCUACAAUGUUCAAGUAUCCGUCGCUCAGGGGCCACGAAAUUGGCUACUGCUUUCAGAUGUGCUGAAGAAAUUGAAAAUGUCCUCGCGCAUCUUCCGCUGCAAUUUUCCCAAUGUGGAGAUUGUCACCAUCGCCGAGGCGGAGCUCUAUAGGCAGGUGUCCGCGAGCCUUUUAUUCUCUUGUUCCAAAGACCUGGAAGCCUUCAACCCCGAGAGCAAGGAACUGCUCGAUCUGGUGGAAUUCACCAGCGACCUGCAGACUCUGCUGGGCUCCACCCUGGAGUGGCUCCACCCCAGUGAGGGGGUCUUGGAUAACUGCUGGAAAGGAUCUAAGGCAGCAGUUUGCAAGAAACUAAGAAAGCUAAGAUAGUGGCCCAGGAAAGCAGACAGACCUACAGAAGAAUUUAAGCAAAGGAGGACUGGUGAGCCUGAACUAGGCAACAAGGGUCUCCUUUGAAUCCUAAUCUCAAAAAUAAAAGCUCAAGGGCAUUUGGCUUUUUUGUAUUUGUAUUUGGGCUGGAGGCUAAGGGAUAGCCUGAGGCCAACUGAGGUUUUUAUGGGGAUAAAGGUCAUUGGAUUCAUUAGACCAAGAAAACAGGUGGGAGCCAUGGGCCUGGUGGGUGGAGGGCAGGGGAGUACUGAGCUCCCUUUAGGCGACAUUGAAGGCUGUGGGUCACACAGCUGGAGGAGCUGGCAGACAGCAGCUCCUGGAGGACCCACCAAAGUGGUUGAAAACAGAUACAGAUAGAGCUGACUGGGGUCUGGAUGAGAACCCUGGAGCUGAGGGAAACUUGGGUAUAGAGGAGCUGCCACCCAUUCCGGAAGCCCCCAUAGGUCUAGGUCUAGAGGAGCUUGCCACAGGAGCAGAGCACACGGGAGGCCAGGGCACGCCACCAGCACGGAGGAGAGCUUGCCACGUGUUUGGGGGAACUCCACGUGGGUAGGCAAGUGCUCUGGACAGUCCAGAAGCACAGCACGUGCCGGCGUGUGGUGUUUAGGGACCCUCACUGGAGAGGAAAGGACCGCGGCAUGGGUACAGAAUUUGUAUGGAGUCUUCAUGGGUGCCAAGGGGCUUGCCUUGUGCAUUAUGUGGAAGCCACUGUGUUUUGGGGGCGCAGCAAGUUAAGCUGCCACCCAGGACACUGGCAUGUGAGUGCUGCUUCCAGUGCCAGCUGCUCCUCUUCCGAUCCAGCUCCCUGCUAAUGCAGCUGGGAAAGUGGCAGAGGAUGGCCCCAAGUGCUUGGGCCCCUGCCAGCCACCUGGGAGACCCCGAUGGAGUUCCAGGCUCCUAGCUUCCACCUGGCCCAGCUCCAGUUGUUGUGACCAUUUGGAGAGUGAACCGGCGGAUGGAAGAUGCCUCCCUCUCUGUAACUC